AUGGCCACGUCCAGGGUCCAAAGGCAGGCGGUGGGAGGCUGGGGGCGGCGUGCGCCUUCCAAGCCCCGGCACCUCCCAAGGCUCAGGGCAGACAACAGCUGGGGGCCUGCAAGGAAGGCAGGACGGUCACCACCAGGCCUCGGCCAGCACCUCAGCCAAGGGGCUGCCCAGCCUCCUGGCCCCAUGGACCCUGACGUGUGCACUGUGACUCCUGGGCCUCGACUUCUCACCCAAGAACAGGAACCAACCCCCCCCCCCCACCAUGGGGCCUCCCCUGGGGACACCGAUGGCCCCAGUGCAAAGCACCCCAGGGUCCCCCACCCCCUGACGUCCCUGCUCUGUGUCCAUUGCGAUGGCCCUCUCACUGCCCAGUCCUUGAUCCGAGAGUUGAACCUCAUGCGCCCCAGGGGAGCUCUGCUGACCCCCCCACUCCAACCUGUCCCCCACGGCAAACGCCUGCCAGCCCUCCAGAUGCAGCUGGAACCGCCCCGGGGCGGAGUUCACCUCCCGUCCUCCCAUCGCGGCUCCGUCCUGCUCACGCAGAACCGCCACCCCCGGAAGCCGGUGCCCAGCCGCAGCCGGCAAGCCCCGGUUAAGCGAAUGGCCUCGAAGACACCAUCCCCGAUUGCCCGCUUAAGCGCUGCCAGCUCCUUGGGCCCCGCCUGGGCCUUCUCCCCUAGCCCAGGCCCGCCGAGGCCCAAUCUCCCGCGGCGGCCGCAGGUGCGCAGGAGGCCGGUGGGCGGCAAGGAGGCCGCCGCCACGCAGCACGGGGCCCUCCCGAGGCCUGGAGGACGCCCCGGGGCACCGCAGGCCACAGCCCCGGCCUGCGGGAAGGCGGCCCACGCCCACCGCGGCCUCGCCGACGGGCACAGAGCGGGCGGCGCAGCGCGUCCGGCCGGCGUGGGGGACACGUGGCCCGAGGGCCCGCGGCCGCUGCCCGGAACCCCUCACUCACCGGCCUCCCGCCCCUUGCCCAAAAGCCGAAGAACGGAGCGGGGAGCCCCAGUGACGCCGCCAACAGGACGAGACUCAGGAGGCGGCCAUCUUUCUUCCGGGAAGAGGCGGGCAGGCGGCACGGGGGGCGGUGCCAGCGGGCGCCGGCCUCAGCACGAAGGCGCGGACGCCGCCAUCUUCCUCGCGGGCGGAAGCGAUCGCGCGGCCGGCCAAUGA